AUGGAGCUACGUAAAGGCAUUGGCUGGCUUCACGGUUUUCUCCGCAUUGUGAUUUUUGCCGGCAGAGUUAACGGGCUGCUGGAAGUGAGAAGCGUCUCUGACUUCAAGGGGUUUUCCCCACAUUGUGAUUUUUGCAUAACACAAACACACAUCAUGAUUCGCAGGGCAGCAUUAGGCAAUAUCUCACCAGAACCUGGAAGCUACCACUGCAGCCACUUCUCCUCGUUUCAGGGGCGGAGGCAGCCACAGUUGCACCAGAGAAGUGGCGGCUUCCAGCAAGAUCUUGCAAGAGCCCUGCAAGAUCUUACUGAUACCCAGAAGCUGCCACCUGGUAGAUUCUGCCACCUGAGGCAGCUGCCUCAUAGACAGGCUAUGUUCUACCUCCACCGUAGGAGGCAGUAUAUACCAGUUGUUGGGAACUGCAAGGAUGGAGAGACUGUUGUCCUCAGGUCUUGCUUGUGA